GAUGGUUCUAGUUAGUCUAGUAGGAACAACGCGGUUAGUUUUGUGAGCAUACCGUCAGUUGUCUUGGGCUGUAGGCAUAGCAUUGCUGGAGCAUACAAGUCAAGGUUUAACUGAGGGGCCAGAAAACGCACACGCUGUGAUAGCAGUGGAUAAAGAUGCUCACGUCAAGUCCCCCCAGUGUGGCCUCUGUGUAUCAGACACUGGAGCAUCGUUCGGGGUGUGAUUCCUACUUGUAUCAUGUAAAUUGCUUGAGUAAGAUGUUGCCAUUUCUACAGCCUUAAAGUAGAGCCAGCGUCAGGAACUGCAACUCGUAAAAACUACCCUACAAGUCAGGUAAGUCUCAAACCAUGAGGAUAUUUGCUGUCCUUAUAGUCACAGCCUGCAGUCACGUGCUAGCGGCAUUUACCAUCACAGCUCCAAAGGACCUGUACGUGGUGGAGUAUGGCAGCAAUGUCACGAUGGAAUGCAGAUUCCCAGUAGAACAGAAAUUGGACCUGCUUGCCUUAGUGGUGUACUGGGAAAAGGAAGACAAGGAAGUUAUUCAGUUUGUGGAGGGAGAGGAGGACCUGAAGCCUCAACACAGCAGCUUCAGGGGGAGAGCCUUCUUGCCAAAGGACCAGCUUUUGAAGGGGAACGCGGUGCUUCAGAUCACAGAUGUCAAGCUGCAGGACGCAGGUGUCUACUGCUGCAUGAUCAGCUAUGGUGGAGCGGACUACAAGCGAAUCACAUUGAAAGUCAACGCUCCAUACCGCAAAAUCAACCAAAGAAUUUCCAUGGAUCCAGCCACUUCUGAGCAUGAACUAAUGUGCCAGGCUGAGGGUUACCCAGAAGCCGAAGUGAUCUGGACAAACAGUGACCACCAGUCCCUGAGUGGGGAAACAACUGUCACCACUUCCCAGACUGAGGAGAAGCUUCUCAACGUGACCAGCGUUCUGAGGGUCAACGCAACAGCUAAUGAUGUUUUCCACUGUACGUUCUGGAGAGUACACUCAGGGGAGAACCACACGGCUGAACUGAUCAUCCCAGAACUGCCUGUACCACGUCUCCCACAUAACAGGACACACUGGGUACUCCUGGGAUCCGUCCUUUUGUUCCUCAUCGUGGGGUUCACCGUCUUCUUCUGCUUGAGAAAACAAGUGAGAAUGCUAGAUGUGGAAAAAUGCGGCUUCGAAGAUAGAAAUUCAAAGAACCGAAAUGAUACACAGUUCGAGGAGACGUAAGCAGUGUUGAACCCUCUGAGCCUCGAGGCGGGAUUGGCAGCUUGUGGUCUGUGAAAGAAAGGGCCCGUGGGACAUGGGUCCAGGGACUCAAAAAUGGAACCGGAGAGGAGAAGAGAACAAAGAAAGUGUUGGAAGAGGAGCCUGGGACGAAAGACAUUUCUACAGGAGACACUGCUAAGCAAGUUACCCAUCAGUCAUCUCGGGCAAUAAGUUGAGGGUUCCUCAUUUUAACAGCUGGUCCUCGCACAAGUGACCUUUCUCUCUACCCAGUGCCUGGAUGAGAGGCAGAGUCACAAGUGUUGAAGUGUGAGUGCCUUCUAUUUACUUCCAGUCCGUGUGUUCUUGCUGUGGGCAUGUGGUUAUGACUAGUGACAUAAUAGGCGUUAAAAUGCAGUCACCAAACUCAACUGCUGCUUAGCAUCCUCUGUAACUACUGGCACAAGCAGGAAACGUGGAGGUCACAUGGUUCGUUUGACGGGCUCUUGCUGUCCGACUUGAGUAAUCUUCAUUCUCAGGCCUCAAGGUUCUGCAGUAGUAGUUGUUCUCUUUAAAUAUCUGCUUUACAAGUGUUGGGUACUAUACUCAAACAUCUUAUUUCAUCACCAUGGCAACCCUCAUACUAACCUCUGUCAUACUCCCUUCAUAGCCAAGACGCUGAGUGUCUGAGUAACUUGACCACAAAAUGACAGCUAUCAGAUUUCUAUUUUUCAGACACUGUCCUUUCAGGAUAGAAUUUGUAGCUAAGAAUUUAAUAAUAAAAAAAAAACCCCGCUUAUUAGGCACUUCCACACCACACCAUGCCUUGUGCACUGCUCUGGCCUCUGACAGAGAAGGAAGCCAGAGUGCCGGUCGGAUUUGCUUAUGUGUGUUCAAUACUCAAAUCAAUGCUCAUUAACAUGGAGUCUGCAUUUUAAAGACACUCUCCAGUUCUUUGUCUAGCAUUAUAUUUACCUCUAAUCUGUUAUCCCUGCCAAACAAUCUCAUGUUCUCCAUGAAGUGUCUAGUCUUGUUGAGUAGUUCUUUUUUUUUUUUUUCUAUUUAAAUGAUAUUGACAUCUGAGGAGACAGCUCAGUUGGUAGAAUUCUUUCCUUACAAGUGGGAAACCCUGUUUUAUCCCCAGAACCCACAUAAAAAACAGUUGCGUAUAUCUGUGCAUGCUUAAUCCAAGCACUAGGGAGGCAGAGACAGGCAGAUCUCUAGCUCUCACCGAUCAGCCAGCUCCAGGUCUACAAGAGCUGACAGUGCCUGAGAAACAUGUCUACACACACACACAUACACACUCUCACAUACAUGGACCAUGUACUCAUACACCUAAGUGGACUCUCUUAGUGAACACACAUACAAUGGUCCCCAAGACAAAACAAAACAAAAAAAAAAUAAACCAAACUAGCUCUAUUCCAUCAGCCUAGCCAUGCUACUCCCUUCCCAGAAGCAACUGCUAUUGUUUUUGCACAUAUAUUUUCUUAAAGACAGUUAAUAUGUAUAAAUCUUUGUUAAAGUAUGUCUGUCUGUCUGCCUGCCUGCCUACCUAUCUACCUAUCUAUCUAUCCAUCCAUCCAUCCAUCCAUCCACCCAUCUGUCCAUCCGUCUGUCUGUCCAUCUGUCUGUCUAUCUACCUAUCUACCUACCUACAUACCUAUCAUCUGUCUGUCUGUCUUUCCUAAAUGGUAUAGGAAAACUGUACGUUUUCUAUGCACUUUGCCCUUUUCAUUUAGUGUAUUGAUACUUAUGCUGCUUCCAGACUGAUCUAAAGAUCCAUAAAGAGAACUGCCUCAUUUCUAGGUUUUCUUUCCCAUCCCUCUAGGCACCUCUCACACUGUCUAGGCCAGACACUUGCUGCCUGUAUCUGUAGACAUCAUUUAUAAAGUGUGUACUCACCGAGUUUGUGUCUACUCAAAGGGAGGCCAUGGGUCCCCAGGGUCACUGAGUCAACCCAGUACCAAGGUGGAGCCUUGUAUCUCCAUGGCAGAAGCAAAUCUGGGGCCAUUUCUGUUUCUUCCUUGACUUCUUUUCUAAAACACAGAUGCUCUAAUUACUUAUUACAGGUUGUCCCUGGUAAUGUCAGCAUUGCUCCUAGACUUCUGGGUGCCCUGGAAAAGCCCGUUAGCUCUGUGUGAACCCUUAAGGCAGCUGUCUCUCCUUACCUCAUAGACACUGUUUCCUGGAGGGUUUGAGAUACUGUUUCCAAAAGGUGUUCACUUGGGCGAGGAGGGGAGGGGGAGCCCAGAACUUUGUUACUAUUUUCUUUGUUUUGUCACAUGUCAAGGCUGAAGAAAGAGCCUGGGUAUGUUGGCGCAUGUCUCCAGUUGCAGGCAGAGGCAGGUGGAUCUCUGUGAGUUUGUGGCCAGCCUGGUCUCCAUAGUGAAUUCUAAGCCAGCCAGGGCUCGGUUACAUAGUGAGAUCCCGUCUCAAAGGAAAGACUGGCCUAUCAGAACCCCCAGUGAAACCCCUUCUGUUACUUGUUCACACAUGUUUGUUGAUGAUUCUCGUGUUAAUGUCUUGUUUGUAUGACGUUCAAGAAAAGAUCUGGUUGGGCAACACAUUGUAUUUAUUCAUCUUAUUCAAAAUCUUAAUGCCAUCUCAUGGCAUUGGAUUGGUAUGGCACUUUAUUCUUUUGUGUUCUGUAUAACCACAAAUGGAAAUUUUAUUUUGUGUCUGAUUGUCAUUGUAUUGCAUUAAUUUAAUAAGAUAUUAUUUAUUAAAAACAUUUGAUUUUUUUCUUUUUUAAAAA